AUGGCCUCGGCAACAGCCGCCUCAUUUGGUGUUUGUCACCCCCAAAUCAAAACAAAUUAUCACUUUGAGAAUUACAAAAAAUCCAACCAUCUUUUAACAGCCGCCUCCGUACGACCACCACCACCCGUGUCACUGGCCCUGCGCUAUGAACAGCUGUUGGCCAGUGAAAAAUAUUACGACUGUGUGUUUCUAUGUGCCGGCCAUGAAGAAAUACGCUGCCACAAGCUAAUUUUGGCCACAGCCAGUCCCGUUUUUGAGGCCAUGUUCUUUGGGCCGAUUAGUGAAAAACAAAAUUGUAUCGAUAUUCUCGAUAUGAGCAGUGAUAUAUUUCGUCUUAUGAUCAGCUACAUUUAUACGGGCAGGGUUAAUCUGCAUCAUCUCACCCUAGAGGAGGCAAUUGAGCUGUACUAUGGCGCGGAGAAAUAUUUACUGGGCGAUUUGAAAUUGGAAUGUCUGGAGGCCAUACAAAUGAAGCUACGCUUUUCCAAUAUUUUGGCUGCCCUGGAAUUGAGCAUUUGCCUGGAUUUGAAUAGUCUGCUGAGUAUUUGUUUCAAUUUUUUCGUACGCUGUUGCCUGCAAGAGGCCCAAUUUGUGGCCUAUCUGAAGACGCAUUACUAUCAUGUGUCGAAGGAUUGCCUAAAGGCCCUUAUCGACCUGUGUAGAGAACAGAUACCCGGCCAACAGUUAUUGUGGUUCAUAUACGAAUGGUGUCAGCAGGAGUGCCGGGAAAUGGGUCUUAAGCAAACGGAGUGUUCCAGCAUUAUAGAGGAUCUCGACUUAAAGGAUUGCAAGCAGGGUCUGCUAGAAGGCGGCAGUGAAAACAGGCUAAAACCUCAGUAUUCUCAGUCGGUGGAAAGAUGUUACUACAAGGCAUGCCGACCCUUUACCAUUGACCAUGACAAUUGUCAGUGGUCGACAUAUUUGAAAUCGAAUCGUUUUAUUUCACUGCAGGGUCUCACGCUGCACAGUCGUUUGACACCGCACCUAACGCCAGUGGGUCGUCCGGUGCCCAGUACGGAAUAUUAUGAAAAUCUAAGCAUAGAAAUUACAACAGCAGGCCAUCAAAACCACGAAGAAGAUGAUCAGCCAUUACGCUGGACCCACAGCAUCAGCAAACAAUUGACCAAAUACAAUUGCGAUGUAAACGUGAAAUGGUCUCAGGGUAUUGUCCUCUCACCGGAUGUUGAAUAUGAAAUUAAAUUAAUAUGGCAUCCUACACAAUGUCAGGGUGCUGAAUAUCCCUGCAGUUUGUAUUCUUCCCAGGUGGAUGGUAUAGAAUUUCGGGACUUGAUGGAUUCGCACAGUGGCAGUCUGAUAAAGGGGGUACAUUUUGUGAAUUUAGUUUAA